UACCUUCUAGACACGACCCGGAUUCAGGGAUAAACAAAAGUAAACAGUGGACCGUUUUCCAACCGGUAUUACUAGCAUGCUAGCUAACGAGCUCCCAUCGUUCUUCCCAAAUGCCUGAAUUCAGCUGACCGGCUAACGCCUAUAAAUAUCACUAUGGUGGUUUGUUUACCUAAGUUUGAUGUCACUGUUACGCACAUUUUCUGCGUAUGUUAAGUUGGCUAUCGGCCCGAAAUAGUUCAACAGUAAUACAUAACUAGAAAUAGUGGCUACAUUUAAAAAACUGGCGGCGAAAAAAACUUUAUUGUAAGCUUGCCGGCUAAAUUGGGGGGUGCUGAUGUGUUCCUGCGAGAAAGUGGAUUUUAACAUCACCCCCCGCACCGUCGCCCGUCUGGUGUUUGAGGCCGAACACGGAAAACACAAUGGGGGCAAUUCGUCCAAUGGGAGCAACGUGACCUUAUCAUACCUGAUGCACAAAUCGCCAUGAUGAGGCAGUUGCAAAACUGCAGUGUGAGCUGUGCUUGUGACAGUGAAAGAAGAGACUCUUUUAAAGGAAGCCUUUAAUAGCAUCAGAGAACCCAGAAGAAGAUGGAUUUGGCAUCAAGCAAUGUUGGAUGAAUUUACACUGCAGAUACGCUGUACAGCUGUGAAGGAACCUGAACUGCUGACUUUUGACUACAGGACGGCGGGUUGUAGUGGAUCCAAACCUUUCCAUGCACAAAUGAAUAUUUAUUUUGGAAUGUAGUGGAAUUUCCAGACCAGAUCUAGAAGACUUAAAUGAAACAAAAAUGGGAAAUACCUAGUUCUUCGCAAUGAAUUAUUGCACAUGAUAAAACAGCUUCCUGGGCUUCUUCAACUAAACUUUAAACUAUCCAGAUGUAAAAACUAAUGGCAAAAAGUUUUAAGUGCUGAUGAUGUCUGUGACACCAUCUCUUGACAUCACCAUGGCCGAGCCCAUUCCCAUUCCAACUGUGAACAUUCUUCCUCCAUCUUCCGAUACGGAGUCGUUGUCCUGCUCCCCAAGCCCACGGCUACACCGGUACCACUCACGCAGACGAAAUCGGGAGAGGAGGAGAGGCAUGGUGCAGCAAGAAAACGGAUUAGAGAACCAUUGGAAUAAAGGGAAAGAGACGAGAGAUAGAAGUCAAAGUCCAUCACCUCCAGUGGUCUCCAAUGUAGAAAAGGAAGUGCAGGGCAGUCCCUCCGUGCUUCUCUUACCCCAGUCCCGUUCGUGGUCACGAAGCUCCUCGCUAAGCAGGCGCUCUCGCUGGUCUUUCCGUAGCCUUCUCAACAAGGAUUCGGACUGUGAAGGCAGCAGUACAGCCAGUAACUCUCCGCGCAGUACUCCCGGCAGCUCACCCUCCCUGCGCCGGCGCGUGCUGGGAGGCAGAGCCAGCGAAGGGGAGGCAGGUGGAGAUAGAUGCGGUGGGGGUUCUGACAGUCCCCUUCCUCCAACCCCCUCCUCCUCUACCUCCUCCUACCCGCUCGCAGCCCGACACUUCACCCGCAAUGCCAAGAAAAUGCAGAGCUGGUACAAUGUUCUGAGCCCCACAUACAAACAGAGGAAUGAAGACUUCCGCAAACUCUUUAAAAAGCUGCCUGAUUCAGAGCGUCUCAUAGUGGACUAUUCAUGUGCACUGCAGAAAGACAUUCUGCUCCAGGGCCGUCUCUACCUGUCUGAGAAUUGGCUCUGCUUCUACAGUAAUAUAUUCCGAUGGGAGACCACGAUAACGAUACUGCUGAAAGAUGUGACAAGUCUGACCAAAGAGAAGACGGCCAAGCUGAUCCCUAACGCCAUCCAGAUUAGCACUGAACACGAGAAGCACUUCUUCACAUCAUUUGGGGCGAGGGAUCGCAGCUACAUGAUGAUCUUCAGACUAUGGCAGAAUGCACUGAUGGAUAAUACUCUGUCUCCCAAGGAGCUGUGGCACAUUGUUCACCAGUGUUACGGCACAGAGCUGGGGCUCACUAGUGAAGAUGAUGACUACGUUUCCCCUACUGCUGAACUUAUGAAUGGCCUGCUGCCGGGUGAGGAGUCGGUCUCCGUCACUGACCUGCUGGAUCUGGGUUCGGUGCCGGUGGCUCCCGUGGUCUCCUCUUUUCCCUCAUCUGCCUCCAUUCUUCCCUGUGCUUCAGGUUAUUUGCCGCCAUCAUCCUCGUCCUCUUCUUGUCAGCCUGUGGAGGUGCCGUCUACUCGGGCCAUUGUAGAUCCUGAGCCCAGUCCACCCAGCUCCCAAAGCUCAUUGCCCCCUACAACACACUCCAUAAAUACUGGAACUGCCCCAUCCUUAACUAUCAUGGAGGAAGAAGGGGACAGCCGGUCAGAAUCAGCUAAUCAGGCACUUCAGUCCCCUCCCUCUGUCCCACACAGCCUGGGAAACCUCUCCUCAUUAGAUAUGACCAAUGAUGAGGAGCUUCCAACCGACCCCAGCAAUUCCUCUGACACUCAGGAAGAGAGUGAGGUUGAGUCCUUCUGUACAGACCUCAGUGGCCGAUUGCAUAUCAACAUAGUUGUUUGCAUGAGCGUGGAUAAGCUCCAUGACCUUCUGUUCUCGGACACUCACUUCAUACAACACCUGUUCUCCCAACGGCACUUUACCGAUCUCUCUGUGCACGAGUGGCAGCAGGACAGCAGCAGUGGAAGCAGCAGUAGAGUUCUGAGUUAUACCAUCGCCAUCAACAACCCGCUGGGCCCAAAAACUGCUCCUGUGGUGGAAACACAGACUCUCCACAAGAGCAGCACACGGGGCGAGUGUUACGUGGUGGACUCGGAGGUCAUAACCUCAGGCAUCCCCUACCAGGACUAUUUCUACACUGUACACAGAUACUGCCUCACCUCUGUCAACAAGCACAAGAGUCGGCUCAGGGUCUCGUCUAAUAUCUGCUACAGGAAGCAGCCGUGGAGUCUUGUGAAAGCUCUGAUAGAGAAGAACACUUGGAGUGGGAUAGAAGAGUAUUACAGACACAUGGAGAUGGAGGUGUGUAAACUGGAGACGCUGCUACAAACGGAGGUUUCUGUGGUGAGUACUGGGGAAGCUGCUUCCGCAGACUCCGCCAAGACAAACCAGACCCUGCGCAGACGCAAACGCAACUGCCCCAGACGAGCAGGAGACCGGGAGAGAGAGAGGGAGGGGCCAGGAGGAGGCGGAGAACGGGGCGACAGAGGAAUCGGUGAGGAGCGCGAAAGGAGAGAAGCGAGUGCUCAGUAUGUGAAAGAGAGGUGGCGAGGAGCCAGCAACAACAACAGCAUCUCUACCAUACUGCUUAUUGUGAGCUUUAUUCUGGUUGUUCUGGUGGCUCUGAACAUGAUGCUGUUCUACAAACUCUGGGCACUGGAGCGGGCCGCACACACACUGGAGACGUGGCACUCCUACUCUUUAACUGACAGUCCUCUGCCUCAGUCUGCAGGAGAGUGGGCGCAGGUGCUGCAGCUCCAGAGGCAGUUCCACCAGGCCCAGAUGAACAAAUGGCAGCAGAUUUUACAGUCUUCUGUCACACUUCUGGAUCAGAUGAAACAGUCUCUGGAGAAGCUCCACAGAGGAAUGAUCACCCCAGAGGUGCAGCAGGAGUCCGAUCCUGCACCAGACACAUUGACAGAUCAGUGAGAUCCCGCCCAACCUCUUAACGGUAACCCCCCCAAUAGAACCGUUUACAGACUCUCACCCCCGUCACAUGGGCGUCCAGGAGAGGGAAAAUCUGGAAAGGGAGAUGGUGCUUUCUUUAGUGAUAUUAACGUUGGGAAUGGUGUUGGGUAUCUCUGGGUUACCCAAAAGUCCUAGCAGCAGCUACAUGACUUUCUUCUGGCUGUAUAAUAAACACUCAACCCUUUGGUCAGUUUGAACUCCUUAAACUGUAUGGGUCUAAAGCAAUAACACAAAUGUAUGGGAUCAGCUAUACUCCAUAUAUGGAGAACGUCCUUGACUUUCAGCUGUGCUGCAUCUUGAGCCGUUCUGGUCUGUUGUGCAUGUCUGAGAAAGCUGAAUGUGAGCUUUUAGCAGACUGCAAUUCAUCUUGGAACCAUUUUUCAGAAAUGUUGAGCUUGGGAGAGAUGCUUCAAAGAUGGACAUUUCAAAGAGGGAAGGUGGUUUGUGGUGGAUGCUGCUUGCCUAACUUUUGGAGGACAUCAACCUCCAAUCUAGAUCAAUCUGUCCACCUGUCGAAAUAAACAGGUCAUUUUUUUAUUUUUUCAUGGAAGAGACACUCCUUUCUAUUCAAUAGCUCUUCCGUUUUGUUAUUUUUUUUUUUUUUUUUUUUUUUUUUGUCUGAUUACUGAAAUUUGGAGCAAGAAAUUGUCUGACCAUUACAGUAUUUAUUUAACAGACUUGAAUUACGGUUUACACUGCGAAAAAAUCAUUUUCUUAAAAUGUAGUUUUUUUUGUCCAGUAAAAUAUCUAAACAUCCCUAAAACAAGAUACAUUUACUUAAUUAGCAAAAUUGCAUGUUUCUUUUAAGCAUAAAUCUAUCUAAAUUUAGUAAUAAAAACAAAAAUUAGGUUUAUGCAAAACAAUAAAAAACUAUUUGCAAAUGCUGGAAGAAAAAUAACUUUUAAGAUAUAUUCUCUGAAAACAAUUCAUAUGAUCGUACAUAUUUUUUAAAAAUAUUAUCUUACAAUUUUUUACUGGAAAACGAGACAAAAUACUGAUUAAGAAAAUGACUGUUGCAGUGUAAUAUCAAUAAGUCAUUGUAUGUUUCUGCUCGUGUUGUCUUUGAACACGGACCAAUGUAGAAAUGAGUGAUAUGAAUUCGUGUUUUAGCAAUAAUCAUGUGGAAAAAUUGUAAUGACAAUUAGAAGUUAAUGUACAAGACAAAAUGCAAAAAAAAAAAAAAAGAAAUGUAAAACAUGCAACUGUUACUUAGGAAAGAGUAUCAGAGUGACGAUCGUUUAUGUAGAACAUUACAUAAUUGUUUUUACACGCUUUUACCAUUUUUACCAUUGCUUCUGCCUCCCUAACACUUUUUAAUAAGUUUUGUUUUUAAAUCCCUGUUGUAUUUGUGAUGUAGGGGUGAGUGGAGCUAUUUUGUGUGGUUGUCUAAGUUUUCAGGAAACUUGAGUUUUACUGGAAUUCAAAUUGAACUGUUCAUGCGUACUGUAAGCUUGACCAGUUGAUAGUACACACAGAUUCAAGAACUUCAGCCAUUCCUGGGGCUGGACGUUUAGGACCAACCAGAACUCAAGGCCAGGAGAAUCUAAAGGAGAUCUGCAGGCAGUAUUGUGAUGUAUUUGACAUUUCACUCAACACUGUAGAUGGGUGAAUCUCACAAAGAAUAUGCUCGGAAUCAUAUUUUACCCAAAGUAUAUUUUGCGUAAAGCUUAUUAAGCCCAUUUUUAGAACUGUUGCAAAUUUUUUAAAUUGUGUCCUUUUUAUUUUCAAGACAAUUAAACACAUUUUCCCUACAAAUUCUCAUUACCAUAAUUCAAUAGAUAAAAAACAAACACAUUCCCGUUACUAUGUGUAUGGAUGUUUUACUUGUGAGUUUGUAUGAAAUUCUUAUUAUUCUUAAUGAUGAUUCUCAUUAUUGUAGAACAGUAUUAAUAAUCAUCUUGUUGGACAGUAAUUUUUUUUAAUAAAAUCAACAUGAAUGUUGUAUAAAUAUUUAGCAAUUUAAAUAAUAUGUAGGUUAAAUAAUCCUUUUUGCAUUGCAGCAAUAAGAAUUAAUUUUUUUCACAUUACGGUUAUGAGAAUUGGGGGAAAUGUGCUUAAUUGUAAUGAAAAGAGUGAGUGUGUUUACAUGCACAUCAGUACCCAGAUAACUACCACAAAUCAGCUUAUUAAAAAAAUCUGACAAAGCAUGAAAACAAGUAUUGACAUGAGACUUGAAUUCGUCCGAUUAUUCUCUGGUUUUGACAUCAAAACGGAAGCAUGCAUGCACGCAUUGGAUAAACCUGUAGGAACGCUGGUAAAAGUGUUUACAUGCAAUGCAAAAUUGUAUGUACGUUAGAUUAGUACAUUGCAUUAAAGUAAUCACAUUACUAAUAACAUUUACAUUACUUUCUGAAAUACUUUUUACAGAAGUUUUUUUUUUUUUUUUUUUU